UCGAGUGUUUGGAGGCGGGGAGUCAGUCGGCUCACUGUGGAGCUGUGUCGGGCAGCAGGAGGAGCCGACAACCAGAGAAAAGACCGAUUCAAAGAAAGAUAUGAACGUCGCUGAAAUGCAGAAAUUCGGGCUUUAAAUUGCACCGGAGGAAACGGUCGAAUGGUUUUUCUGAAGCGUUUGGUUUUAACGUGGACAGAAAGGGUGUUGACUACGGACACAGCAACCCCCCCCCCCAAAAAAAAACACCAAAAGGAAUCGGCAAGAGGGAAAGAGCCAGGCUUAGUGUGUUAUUGGAGAAAUUGACUCUGCACUGGCAGUCUCUUCCAUGUUAAUGUAAUGGAAACACGCUUUGGUCGCCCCCGGUAGCAUCUGAAAUGCAUCAGCGGAAAUAUAUCAGCAACUCCCAUGGCUAAUUGUAUCAAGCGGCGGUGGCUUGAGUUUGCCAGUGGAUGCACUCAAGAGCCGGGUGCCCUGCCAUGCCCAGCGCCAUGCUAAAGCAACACACUCAUAAUAACAAGGAGCACUCAGUUCAACCAGUGGGAAAGCUGUGGAAAAACAGCUCCACUUCCUUGCAUUCACUCUGGCCUCUUCUUAACAUCAACACCAAGGACGGCUAGACUUGAACCUGCUUUCUGGGAGGCACAUUUUCAGCUGGUAAAAUGGAUGUUCGAAUUUACUGCCGACCUUUGCUGGAGUUGAAAAUGUGAGGGUCAGAAUGAAGGGACCCCUAUGAAGAGGAGGAAUAGGUGGAACAGCAGCACUAGAUCAAAAUGGCCCAAACCAGUUUGCUGCAGGGGAAGCGCUUUUACUGCCGGGAGUGGGUCUUCCAUAAGAUCCAGCAUUGCCUCCAGGAGAAAACCAACAGCCUCAGUGUAGUGACCAGCACUCCCAGUAAGCAGCCCCUGCUGACGCCCGGCGGGGGUGCGUCCAACCCCGGCACCCUGACAACAGAAUCCACAAAGUCAGGUAGCUCCUGGGGCGUUUUGCUGGUAGGGGGCCCGGGAAGCGGGAAAACUGCACUGUGCACGGAGCUGUUAUGGCCCACAUCGGCCCAGGGAACACACCGGGGGAUGCAACAGCAGACCCUGGCCUUCCACUUCUGCCGGGCGGACGACUCGGACACGCUGUGCAUUGGCGGGUUCAUCCGAGGUCUGGUGGCUCAGAUCUGCCGCAGCGGGCUGGUGCCGGGGUAUGAGGAGAAGGUGCGCGACCCAGCUGUGCAAAGGACUUUGCAGCCUGGAGAGUGUGAGAGGAACCCCACAGAGGCUUUCAAGAGAUGUGUCCUCUUGCCUCUCCUGAGUGUUAAGCCUCCUCAGCAGUCUCUCUUCCUGCUUGUGGACUCCAUCGAUGAAGGCUGUCAGCUAGGUGAGGGGGAGCAGAGGUCCCCCCCCGGCUCCCCCAGGACCAUCGCCGAGCUCCUGGCCAGUCAUCACGAGUUCCUGCCUCCCUGGCUGCUACUCAUCUGCUCCGCACGACGACAGAAUAAGGCCAUUACUAAACUCUUCACAGGAUUCCGCAAAAUCAGCCUUGAUGAUCUGCGCAAGGCCUACAUCGUCAAGGAUGUGCAACAGUAUAUCCUCCACAGGCUGGACCAGGAGGAGGCCCUGAGGCAGCACCUGACCAAGGAGACAGCCGAAAUGCUCAACCAACUACACAUCAAAAGCAGUGGCUGCUUCCUCUACCUGGAGCGUGUGCUGGAUGGCGUGGUGGAGAACUUUAUCAUGCUUCGAGAAAUCCGUGACAUCCCUGGCACCCUCAAUGGCCUCUACCUGUGGCUCUGCCAGAGACUAUUUGUCAGGAAACAGUUUGCCAAAGUCCAGCCCAUCCUUAAUGUAAUCCUGGCAACGUGCAGGCCACUUACAGUCAAGGAACUGUACCAUGCAGUCUGGACCAAAAACAUGACACUGACUAUGGAAGAGUUUCAGAAAAAGAUGGACAUUCUCUCCAAGUUGUUGGUCGAUGGCCUUGGGAGUACUAAAAUCCUUUUUCACUACAGUUUUGCAGAGUGGCUACUAGAUGUUAAGCAUUGCACCCAGAAGUACUUGUGCAAUGCAGCAGAGGGACAUAGGAUGUUGGCAAUGAGUUAUACUUGUCGGGCAAAGCAGCUUAAGCCACUCGAAGUGCAGGAAUUUGCACUGCACCUUGUUAAUUCCAAUCUGCAGAUUGAGCCAUUUAAUCUGGCUCUUUGGAUGGUUUGGAAUGGAACUCCCGCUAAAGACUCUCUGACCACCUCCAUACCAAGAGAACAGGAGGUCCUGCAACUUCUGGUCAAAGCUGGAGCUCAUGUCAACAAUGAGGAUGACCAUGCGUCGUGUAUUGUACAACAGGCCCUGGAAAGAGAGGACUCAAUACGGACAUUACUUGACAACGGGGCAUCUGUGAACCAGUGUGACUCCAGUGGGAGAACUCUGCUGGCUAACGCUGCAUACAGUGGAAACCUUGAUGUGGUCAACUUGCUCAUAUCUAGACGGGCAAACAUGGAGCUAGAAGACAACCAUGGACAAACGGCACUUACUCUUGCUGCGAGGCAGGGCCAUACUAAAGUGGUCAACUGCUUAAUUGGUUGUGAGGCCAACAUAAACCACACAGAUCAUGAUGGAUGGACAGCCCUGCGCUCAGCAGCUUGGGGUGGACAUUCAGAGGUGGUUUCUGCUCUGCUUUAUGCUGGUGCCAAAGUGGACUGUGCUGAUGCUGAUGGUAGAACUGCCUUGAGAGCUGCUGCUUGGGGAGGUCAUGAAGACAUAGUGUUGAACCUUCUUCAGCAUGGGGCUGAGGUCAACAAGGCAGACAACGAAGGAAGAACAGCUCUCAUUGCCGCAGCAUACAUGGGACACAGAGAGAUCGUUGAGCACCUCUUGGACCACGGGGCCGAAGUUAAUCAUGAAGAUGUGGAUGGAAGGACUGCCCUCUCAGUUGCUGCUCUCUGUGUUCCUGCAAGUAAAGGCCAUGCUUCUGUUGUGAGCCUUCUAAUUGAAAGGGGAGCAGAAGUUGACCACUGUGAUAAAGACUGCAUGACUCCUCUCCUUGUGGCUGGCUAUGAAGGACAUGUCGAUGUAGUUGAUCUGCUUUUAGAAGGUGGGGCUGAUGUGGAUCACACAGACAACAAUGGUCGCACUCCUCUUCUUGCUGCUGCAUCUAUGGGCCAUGCCUCUGUUGUCAACACAUUACUUUUCUGGGGGGCUGCUGUUGAUAGCAUUGACAGUGAGGGAAGGACUGUGCUGAGCAUUGCAUCUGCUCAGGGUAACGUGGAGGUGGUCAGAACUCUGCUGGACAGGGGUCUGGAUGAGAAUCACAGGGAUGAUGCAGGCUGGACCCCGCUACACAUGGCUUCAUUUGAGGGCCACAGACAAGUGUGCGAUGCCCUUAUUGAGCAAGGUGCUCGUUGUACAGAGGUUGAUAAUGAUGGUAGAAUACCGCUGAUUUUAGCUGCACAAGAGGGACAUUAUGACUGUGUGCAAAUUCUUCUGGAAAACAAGUCAUGCAUUGACGAGAGGGGAUAUGAUGGGAGAAAUGCUCUCAGGGUGGCUGCACUGGAAGGCCACAGAGACAUUGUUGAACUGCUGCUGAGCCACGGUGCCGACAUAGAUUACAAAGACGCAGACGGACGCCCAACACUCUACAUAUUGGCACUUGAAAAUCAGCUGGCCAUGACAGAGUAUUUCCUCGAAAAUGGGGCAAAUGUGGAAGCUUGUGACACUGAGGGCAGAACGGCCCUCCACGUGUCUUGCUGGCAAGGGCAUGUUGAAAUGGUGAGGCUGCUGAUUAACUAUCAUGCUGAUGUGAAUGCCUGUGACAAUGAGAAGCGAUCUGCCCUCCAGUCUGCUGCGUGGCAAGGACACACGAAAGUUGUGCAGUUUUUGAUAGAGAACGGCACACAUGUGGAUCAUACGUGUAACCAGGGAGCAACAGCACUAGGCAUAGCUGCGCAAGAGGGUCACAUUGAUGUUGUGCAAAUACUUCUUGAAAAUGGUGCCGACCCCAACCACGCUGAUCAGUUUGGACGCACAGCAAUGAGAGUGGCAGCAAAAGGUGGCCAUUCAAUGAUCAUUAAACUUCUGGAAAAGUAUGGGGGCACAACUCUAAAUGGCUGCAAUCCCUCCCCAGUACACACCAUGGAAGAGAAAACACCAUUGGCUGUGACUGGUAAAAUGCAGUCCCUCACCAUUAAAUCAAGUAGCUCUGGCAGCACCGGAGCAGGAGAUAUGCAGUCGUCUGGACGCGGUCUACCCAACGGACCUGUCCAUGCUUUCAGUUCACCAUCCGAAUCUCCUGAUUCCACAGUAGACAGACAGAAAUCCUCCCUUUCAAAUAAUUCCCUCAAAAGUUCAAAGAACUCCUCCUUGAGAACCACAUCAUCCACUGCCACAGCCCAGACUGUGCCGAUCGACAGUUUUCAUGGACUGACAUUCACAGAACAAAUCCAACAGCAUUCACUGCCUCGCAGCCGGAGCAGACAGUCUAUUGUUUCCCCUUCCUCUACGUCUAAGUCCAUUGGUCAGCAGCCAUCAUCUCCAUCCAGUGACUUUGACUGGUCUCAGUUAAAAUCUGGUCUCAAGUCAACAAAGGGAAGUAAGACCGGAAAUGGGACAUCAAAUAGUAAAGGAGCACUGGGAGACAAGAAAAAAGUCAAGAACAGUGGAUCAACCCAAGGUCAGGUUCUGGAGUACGAGAUGACACAGUUUGACAAGAGGAUUGCUCUCAACAAAUCCGUAGCAAACAUUUCAGUGAAGGAUCCACAUUGCAAGAUCAUGAUUGGUGGUUCAAUUCGGCAGGAAAGGGGGCAAAGCCAAGAUCAAUUCUUUAUCCAGCAGCAGAGCUGUUCUGAGAAGAAGAGGAAUGGCAUCAUGACCAACCCCAACUAUCAUCUACAGGGUAGUCAGGUUUUCCUGAGUAGAGUAUCAGUUCCUCGGACUGUACAGAACAGAGGCCACCAGGAUGUUCUAGAGAACUAUCCCAUAGGGGAAACUGAACUAAGCCUUAAACAAGCCCUGAAACUGCAGAUUGAAGGAUCAGACCCUGGGUUUAACUACAAAAAGGAGACUCCAUUAUAGCUGAUGUCAUGAAUGCCAUUCGUCAUGCAGACGUUGGAGGGAAUGUGCCAAAGCAACGGUUUUCAUCUACAUAGAAAAUACUCCUUUUUUUCAUCAGUGGGAGACAAAAUAAUACCUAGGGACUAUUGUUGAUUGCUGCCUAAGGCUUAUGUGAACUGAUACAUCAAUGUGCCUACAUCUGUUACAGCCUUCUUCAUGUAUUCAUGCAAACUAUCAUUUUAAUUUAAUGUAAUGCUAUUUAAUAAACAGUGUAUGCACUUUUAAAAGAGUAAAAUGACAGACAUGCAUUUGUUCUAUUCACUUUGUAUCCCAUCCACGUUUUAUCAAAGUAAUUGUUUGAGAGAAACAUACCAAUGCUUUUUUAUUAUUUUAUAUUAUGUUUGUUCUGUCUACUUUUUCACACUGACAGCAAUGUACCACUGAGUACAUUGUCACAAGGCCAGAGGACAUAACAAUAACUGAUGCCAUGGUAUAAAUGGCGCAUUGAUAGUCUGCCUUUCUAGAGACCCCAAAUAAUCUGUGUUAACCUUGGAUCAGUGUGCUUAAACUACAGUAUGUUGUGUGUAAUAUGUUAAUAGCUAUGGCAAUUUACUCCACCGGUAUAUACAAGCAUAUUUAUUUUUGGAAAAAAAGCCACUUUUGCUGCAUUUUGUGUUGCAUUACGCUCUACCAUGGUGCUGUGUUCAGAAGUUGCCUGCAGUUAUUUUGGUCUCCUAAUUUUGUUGGUUUUGUGUAUUGUUACAAAUAUCUAAGAAAGAGGGAGGUUCAUUGAAAAUGUAAAAAAAAAAAGUUAAUUUUGUCCCUAUGGGAUUUCUCAGUUGCUUGUGUGUUAUUUUAUGUGUGCAUAAAAACUAUUUAAAUAACCCAUUGUGUACCGUCAGCAAAAGUUUGGUGCUAAAUGCAGCAAUUUCAAGUAAAAGCAGUGAUUUAAAAACAUGCAUCUGUCCGCAGAAUUACAUGUAUAACCUACUGCAUUGCAAGAAACAAAAUCCAAGCUUUGUUUCCUUCUUGCCACGUGGUUAAUUUCCAGUAAGUCCUGCUGGAUUUUUCGGGGGCAUGGCACAAAACGGCUCAAAAGGGUUCAGCCAUUAAGACAACUCAUAGCUGUGAAUCAUAUUGUUUGAAAUGCAGAGUUGUAAAGCCAAAGUUGAAACAACAUAACUCUGUCCCACCUCCUCCCUGUGAGAAGCUGAAUAUCAGUUCAACAGGACUUAACCCCGCGAGAGAUUGAGGGGAGGAGGUGCUCGACUGUGACACUGAGGGAACUGAAACAUCUGUUUCUCAUGAACUGUGUGGAGCUGUGUUAGCAUUUACCGUCUGUGUCGUAUUUUUGCAGGCUUUUCAUAUUGUCAACAGUGAGCUAUUUUUUGCCAAGAACUGGGAUUGGGGGGGUGGGGGAGUAGAAACCUAUCGCAUGCACAAACACUUAUAAGCCCUAGUGAAGGCUCUCAGCUCUUUGAUUCUACAGUAGUUCAAACGUAUGCCAUGAAGGGUCAAUAGAAGGAUUCAAAGCAGGAUCGGGUCUUGAAACAGUGUUGAAAAAAAACAUACUGUAUAGUCUUAUUAAGCAGUUAUCUUGUUUGUCUUGACUGUGUUUGUCUGUCAUCUUUGAUUUGACUGUCAGUGAUUGGAUUGUAAAUAGCUUAACAUGUACAUUCAACUGUCAUUUAAAAAGAAUUCCUGGACUAUAUGAAGUGGGAUUUUCUGAUGUAUAUUAAAGUGCUUAAUAAACAGAUUUGCUUUA